GCUCGAGAUUAUGCCUCUUCCUUGUGUCGACUUCGUUUUUCAUCUGUGAACUGGGAAGGGUGACCAGGAGGCUGCAUGGUCUAAAGAUGCUAAAGAUGUAGCAGAUGCCCAGCCCCCAUGGUCCCAGCCUGUCACCAGGCCAUUCUGCUGCUACCAGAAACUUGCUGUUUAGGACUUCCAUCUGCAGGCAAGUAGGGCCAUGGGAUCUGCUAACAUGCAGAAGGAAGGUAGCAGCUCUUUGUGAACUCUCGGGCCUGCUGCACAAUAAGCCAGAACAACACAGGGACAAGAUGCUUUGGAACAUCUGGGAGUCUCUGCUGUCUUAUUACAUACAAGGAACCUGGCAUUUCCUGCUAAUUCAAAGGAAGAGAAGAAAAUUAGUGCCUGUUCUUCAUCAUGUCUGUGAAACUGGAGCCAAAAUGGAUUUUUUUGGACCACACAUCUCCUGUCUCCUGCCGCCAAUGAUGAAGCUGCCAGCCCCAUGCCAGUGGGCAGAAAUAGAUACCAGCCCUGGAGGAAGUACUGACUGCCUAUGGGUGCCUGCCACCCUCCCUGCUUCCUCCUCUUCGUGUGGAAGAAAACCGUGGGCUUUCCUGGGCAUUUUUUCUUAUUCUCUUAAUACAGGGGAACUGAAGCAUUUGGCUUUGGUUGUUUGGAUAGUGAAUCUCAGCUUGGAGGGCUUUCCAGAAAGCAGGCGGCUCCGGUCUCUGAACUCUAACUCCAUUCCUCCACCCCCCUUCCGGUGCUGUGCAGUUCUUUCCAAUUCCCGAAUUGAAGUGUACAGUACUAGAAAACCUGCAGAGUGCGCCUGGAGGUCACAGCCUGCAUGAGCUUUCAAGCUGGAGAGGGCUAAGUGGAAGGAAGACACUGCACCGCUGGGAUUUCCUCCUGCAAAUGAGAUGAAAUCUAUAUAAAUGUACUCUUUCCCAUCUCAUACCUUUUAUUUGAUUUGCAUACCAUGGAUCCGAUGACAACUCUCUUGAAAAGUGUUCCUUUGACUGUUUCAGCCGCAACGGUUCAUGCAAAGAAAAUAAAUCUUGGAAAGGAAGGGGCGAAACCCUCCCCAUGCUUGUGCUCAGGAACCACAUGAUGAACAUGACAGACUACCAGGACAUCGAUGGGUGCAAAAAGAAGAAACAAGUCCUAUGGGAGCUCAGAGCACAGGGAGGGAGGAAGAGCUGGGGCAGCAUGGGGUGGGGGGAAGAUUGCAACUAGGCGUGAUCUUGCUUCAGGGCAUGCAGCCCGGAAAGCCCAAGACAAGGGGGCUAUGCCUAGAGCAAAGCAUAUUUUUCAGCAGUGCUCCCCCAAUUUGGGGGACAUAUUCUAGGAUGGAAGUAGAAAGAUUAUAAUGGAAUGUGGCAUGUGAGCUCAUUUGUGAAAAACAAACAAACA